UUGGUUUUUUAGGAGCAGUUCCAAACCACUCUGAUAACAUCCAUGUUGAAUAAGGAGAGAGACUCUUGAUCACCUGUAAAUUCUUCGGAAUGUUCAAACUGACAAAAAAAGAGAGUAUAGAAGUUGAUUUGAUGAAAUAUUAAAAUAUAGGGACCAAACAUGAUUUUUAUCAAAAUAGUAGUCACUCACAUACACGUGCUUUCACCUAGCAAGCCGGCAACACAAUUCCCAGUCCAACUUCCAUCCUUGCCGGUGACGGAAUAUAGCCCCCACCAAUCACAUUCCUCCACCUCAUCCUUUCCCUUCUGUUCCUCUCCCAUCACUUGUCUCCUCUUCACCAUCACCGUUUCUUUCCCGUCAACCAUAAAAAACCCAACACCUUGAGAAAAAAAAAAAAAAAACCACCCCCUGCCCUCUCUCAUCAGAAUCAUCAAAAUCAGAUCUGAUUGUUAUUUCAUCGACUGCCGAUCAUGGAAGACGACGAUGAGAUACAGUCACACUCAAACACCACCGAAUAUUCCUCACCGUCACCACCACCACCGAACGGAAGAAUCACCGUAUCUGCUCCCGCCGCCGUGCAUCCACAGCCGGUACCACCGCCACCGCAACAGAACAACAAGAACCGCUUAGCACUUGUUUUGCCGACGAAGCCGAAAGUGAACGGAGGCGGAGGAGGAGGAGGAGGGAGAGAGGACUGCUGGAGCGAAGGAGCAACGGCGGUGUUGAUCGACGCCUGGGGAGAAAGGUACUUAGAGCUAAGCAGAGGGAAUUUGAAGCAGAAGCAUUGGAAGGAGGUAGCGGAAAUUGUAAGUAGUAGAGAGGAUUAUUCUAAGUCUUCGAAAAUUGAUAUUCAAUGUAAGAAUAGAAUUGAUACCGUGAAGAAAAAGUAUAAAUUGGAAAAAGCUAAAAUUGCUUCAGGUGGAGGGCCGAGUGGUUGGCCUUUCUUUGAUCCUUUGGAUAGAUUAAUUGGCUCCACAGCGAGGAUUCCUGUUGUUGGAAAUGGUAAUGUGGGUGGUAAAAUUCCUACUAGGGUUCGUAGUGGUAGUAGGAGGGGUGGUGUGAAUCAGUAUCAUUUUCGGAAUCAGAAUGUGAAAAUUCGGAUUCUGAAACAUGAGGAGGAUGAGGAUGAUGAGGAGGAGGGUGAGGAAGAGGAGGGGGGUGCGGAAUCGGAUGAUAGUUUUCCGCCGAUGAAGAAGAGGAGAGUGGUGGUGGAGAGGGAAGUGAGGGGGAAAGUGGGGAAGGAAAAAAGAGGAGGAGGGUGGGGGAAUUCGAUCAGGAUGUUGACGCAAGCAAUGGUGAAGUUUGGGGAAGCCUAUGAGCAAGCUGAGAGUGCCAAGUUGCAGCAAGUGGUGGAGAUGGAGAAGACGAGGAUGGAGUUCGUGAAAGAGUUGGAGUUGCAAAGGAUGCAGUUUUUUAUGCAGACACAGAUGGGGAUUUCGCAGUUGAAGAACGCGAGAAGGGGAGGGAAUGCUACCAGUAAUCAUUAUCAUCAUCAAUACCAUCGUCAUCAUACUGGUAACAAUAUUAAUGCUAGCAAUAAUGUUAACAACAGUGAUAGUGAUAAUUAAGUGAAUGUAGAGUUGUUGGUUAGUGUUAAAAUUUUAGAAUCUUAGAUUUUAUUAGGUUUGUGUGUUUUGUAGUAGAAGAAUGCCCCAUUAAGGGUGGAGAUUUAUAAUGUUAGCUGUGUUGCUUAUGGUGUUUAAUUUGGAGUACAGUGAUGUGAUUUCAUACUUAUUUGUGUCAGCAUGCAUUUUGCAAAGGGCACUAGCUUGAUUAAUA